AUGCAGAUGGUGCCAAGCAAUGUCCCCGACAUAGACGUGCACAUAGGUCUCCCGCAGUUGAUUAAUAAGGCGCAAGAGGCGGUAGAAUUUAUAGUGCAAGAAAGUCGGUGCGAUGCUGUUAUUAUGCGUACUUUGAAACGUACUAGCUCUUUUAGUAACGGUAAGAAACCAAAAGGUACAGAUGUCACGAAUAAUGAAAUGAAAUACUUGCUUGAUCAGUGCCUAGAUCACUUGUCAAAACUUAAUGAAUGCACAAAAGCUAUACGGAAAAAAAGUCAUGGAAAUUUGGAUAUACAAUAUGUUCAUGCUUACUUUUACUAUAAGAUAGUUCAUAUCUUAAUGACUAACGUUAUUCCUGGUUUAGCUGAGUUCCAAAGCCUAAAGAAUACGAUAAAGAAAAAAGCAGGCUCAAUUGAAUCGGAACUCUUACAGAUAUAUAAUGUCAUAUUAUCAUCACUGAUUAGUGAUGAAACUAUUGAAAUUAUUCAUCAUUCAAAGGCUAUACUGAAGGUCAAUGAAAGUAAUUAUAAUGAAAAACAAGUCUCAGAGAAGCAUACACCUUCUGAUAAAAGCUCUUUAACUGAAAAUGAUCAGCCCCAGCUCUGUGCACAUAUCAAUAGCAGCCAAUUGGACAAGCUUUUGCGACAAAAUAGCAAUGAUUUACUGAUAAUAGAUGUCAGAGAAAGGGAAAGUUACAAUAAUGUGCAUAUUCGCGCUCAAAAUAUACUCUGUUUGGAGCCCAUUGCAUUCAGUGAGAAUUAUACUUAUAGAGACUUAGUAAAGAGAUCAAUGAUAACUGCACCAAAAGAUGAAAUCUUACUUCUCGGAAAUUUGUCAAACUUCAAGUACAUUAUUCUUACAACUGCUCUCUCAAGCGAUUUGUUGAAGUCAUACUCCAGUAAACUGGACUGUCUGAAAGAAAUUUUAUACCAAUACCUCACAAUGCAGCCAAACGGUCGUUUUAGCCGAUUGCUUGUUCAUAAGGAUGGGAUUGAGGCUUGGUGUAAAGAUGGUUAUAUAGUAGAACAUAGUGAUGACCAUGAGAAAUCCAUCGGAGAUGAUAGUGAAGAAAGCUUGAUGGAUAGUACGAGAGAGUCUUCAGGUGAAUCAAAUGAAGUUAUAACUACAAAAGACGACAGUGUUUAUGUAUCAGGUGAUUUAAGAAGUUUAAGUUUGCAGGAGCUCCCUGAACUUACUCCUAGUGUCAGUAACUCCAUGGAUUCAAGUAUGAUGGCAAUGAUGAGGCCAGAAGCUGUAACUCAGGGCUAUAACAAUAUCUACCAAAAUCCUACAGAACGUAAGGUUAGUAGAAGUUCAAGCUUCAAAAAUUUUUUUAAUAAAAAGAGAACAUCUUCAAUGUCCUUAGGGUCUCAUACAAGGUCUGUAUCAACACCAAUGGCUCCAAUUAAUGAUUUGUACAACGAUACCAAAUUAAAUCCAAACAGCUUUAAUGACCGAUCACUAUCAGGUUUAUCUCUUGACCCACCUUUAAAGCCAAUGCCUAUUUCUUAUCCCAGUAACCCUGUUAUCAAAACGACAAAAACGCAAGCUAUGAGUCCUGGUCCUGCCAAAUCUGUUUCACCAAGUUCUUUAACAUUUGUUGGAGAUGAUGUGUCUAAGUCACCGACAGGUCUCAGAAGCUCUAGCAAUGCAACAAUCAAAGAAGUUUUGUCAAGUCCUACUGGCAGAAAAUUUAAUCAUUCAGUGUUACCUAAUACAAAGAAGGAUUAUGACUUGAACUUUACCGUGGGUUUGGAAAAUAUGGGCAAUUCGUGCUAUAUGAAUUGUAUCUUGCAAUGCAUUAUGGGUACAAAUGAACUGUCACAGAUAUUUUUAAAUAACUCCUACGAGAAGCACAUUAAUAUUAACAGUAAAUUAGGUUCUAAGGGAGUCUUAGCGAGAUAUUUUGCUAGACUUGCACAUAUUAUGCACCAAACUAGUUAUGAUCAAGAAAAAAAAGCUGCUAUAGUUAGACCGACACAAUUUAGAAUGGCGAUCGCUUCAAUAAAUUCUAUGUUUAGAAAUACAAAUCAACAAGACUGUCAAGAGUUCUGUCAAUUCUUAUUGGAUGGAUUGCAUGAGGACUUGAAUCAAUGCGGUAAUAACCCCCCAUUAAAAGAGCUUUCUGAAGAAGCUGAGAAGAAGAGGGAAUUAUUAUCUUUAAGAAUUGCAUCGUCAAUUGAAUGGGAGAGAUUUUUGACUACAAACUUCAGUGUAAUAAUCGAUUUAUUCCAAGGGCAAUAUGCAUCAAGACUAAAGUGUAGUGUCUGUUCCAAUACUUCGACGACAUACCAGCCCUUUUCAGUCUUAUCAGUCCCGCUCCCAACCGGUACCAAGUCUUCGGUAAAUUUAAUGGACUGUUUUAAUGAAUUUACAAAAUGUGAGAAGCUGGAACAUGAUGAAUAUUGGAACUGUCCGACAUGUAAAAAAAAGCAGCCUUCAACAAAGCAACUAACAAUUACUAGGUUACCCCGUAACCUCAUAAUCCAUCUUAAAAGGUUCGAUAAUAGGAUGAACAAGAAUACUAAAUUAAUUGAUUAUCCCUUUAACCUGGAUUUGACAUCAUUUUGGGCGAACGAUAAAGAUGACCGACUACCACCGGGUGUAAGUAUUGAUGAAUUACCAGCAAGAGGUCAAAUCCCUCCUUUCAAAUAUAGUCUUUAUGCCGUUGCAAAUCAUUUUGGAAGUUUGUAUGGUGGGCAUUAUACUUCUUAUGUUAAUAAGGGACUAUCAAGAGGUUGGUAUUAUUUUGAUGAUCAAAAUUAUAGAUUAGUAAAGAAAACGUCCGAGGUUGUAAAUUCAAAUGCGUAUGUUUUAUUUUAUCGUAGGGUGCAUGGUAUAUAG